AUGCCAGCGCCGCUUCCCCAUCUGCAUCCCAAACCACUCCUUCGACUCCAUUUGAACGAUGUCAGCCAUCCAGCCAGCCAAGUCGCGGCUUCCGCUCUCGACAGCGGACUUUAUCUCACACGCGCCAUUGAGCAUGUCCUCGAACACUUGUAUUGUGCCCAUGGGUCGAGCCAGAUCCCCAAGGUUAGGUCCGUCACAGUAGUUCUUCGAGGGAUAGGUGGAGUUGCAUACACCACUGGGCUUCAGCUGGACGACCUGCACAAGGAAAUUCAUCUGUCCCUUGACUACGUGCUCGGAGUUCUUGCCAGGAAUUCCGCCGGGGUGCGGCAUGAGAUUGCCGGUGUCAUUACACACGAAAUGGUGCAUUGCUUUCAGAACAACAGCCGUGGCACAGCUCCCGGAGGUUUAAUCGAGGGUGUCGCGGACUUUGUGAGAUUAAAGGCUGGUCUUGCGCCGCCACAUUGGAAUAGAUCACCCGAAAACCGAGGAGAGAAGUGGGACGAAGGGUACCAGAAGACCGCGUGGUUCUUGGAAUGGUUGGAGGUGGAAUAUGGACAGGGUACCGUGAGCAGAAUGAACGAAACGAUGGGCACCGAGAAAUACGACGAGAAGAAGUUCUGGCUCAACCUCUUUGGACAGUCAGUUGAUAGCUUGUGGAAGACGUACAAGAAGACCUGGAACACCGUUGACGAGGAUGCGGCACCUCACAUGUCACGAGAGCCCAGCAUGGAUUCACAAAUAGAACUAAUCAACUUGGACGAGAAAGAGAAGUUGGAAGCGAGCGAGGACAGUCAAGUUCGAGACUAUGUUUCCUAA